GCCGGCCAUAUAGCAAGAGACUGCCCCCAGCGGCAAGUACAGAUAGGAGCAGCCCCAACGGGCCAACGACGGCAGCUCCCCUAGCUAACGGACCAUGACAGGUCGGGACGAUGGUAGAAGAAACCAACGGGGCCGUGUCUGCAGCGGUCGUCGCUGAAGAGGCCGCAAAGCUUAUCCCGCUCGAUCAGUUGAUAUCCGUGCGAUAUCUGGGGUUGGGCAUGAUUGGGGCAAUCCAGCCGGCGAACGAGAAACGAGAGGUCUCGGAAUGCAGACCAUCUCCCAGUGAAAUGGAGUCUGGUGGUCCCGCGUUCAUUACCGGGGAGAUCGAUGUGCUCGAUAUCAUUCGAGCACUAGAUCACCGCAUCCCACUCCCGAUCGGGCACCUUCUAUCUAUAUCGGAACAAGCUAACCGUCGCAUGCUGCAGCACUGUAAAGCCAAUCGAAACGUUCCUCUUAUCAAGCCCGUACAGUGGCAGAGGUGGUCGCGAACCUAUGCGACUCUUUCUCUAUGCUUAGUUGAGAUCGAACUGAAGUCGACCCGGGACAGCGAGCAUAACGACGUGAUCGAAGACGUGAAAUUGUUCACCAUUCAAGCUUGGAGGAUGGAGGUAGAGGGAGAUUUGUUAGGAUUCAUUUUCGGAACGGUGGAGGUGGCACAUUGGCAGUCGAUCGUAGGAGAGCUUUUAAUCCUUCUAACUCAGUUGUUGGACGAUCUACCGAUCGACAUCGUCUCACACUACGACGAGAGUCCGGCGCCGCAUAUUCUUUCGCGCAGCUUGACGUCGUACCUACAUUGGUCGGCGUGCUUGGAAGGCAAUUGGGACAACCGUAAUUACCCGUCGUACGGUAAUUACCUGAACCCCGCGGAGAUAAUCGAUAUUCUCUUUUUUGAUCGGGGCGAGCCGACGUCGGAAGACGAAGAGGAAGAAGACGAAAAGGAAAAAGACGAGGAGGAGGAGGACGAAUCAGAAGAUACCCCCGGGAAGGACAAAUAUUAUAGCGAGCAUAGUGAGCACGAGUCGGGGGCGAUAAGCGAAGAAGAAGAAGAAGAAGAAGAAGAAGAAGAAGAAGAAGAAGAAGAAGAAGAAGAAGAAGCGGAGGGAGCAAGUGAGGGGGAAGAGGUGGGACAGGCGGAGACGCAAAGAGAAGACCAUGCGGAAGCGGAGUGACGGAGGGCAGAAAUAGCCGAGGGAAAGCGGCCAUUGGAGCAGUUAGUGGGAACCGAUCUGCCAAUUCCAGACGA